AUGUUUCUGAAAAGCCCCAAUGAGUACAUGGAGCAGUUAAACACCAUUAUCACUCAUCUUCAUUUGGAAUUUGCAAUGAAAGAUCUUGGCACCAUUCAUCAUUUUCUUGGAAUUGAAGUCACAAAAACACUCAACGGCCUACACUUAUCACAAUUAUAUUAUGCCUUGACUAUUCUUGAGAGUGCUCAAAUGACGGACUGCAAGCCUAUGAGUACCCCUAUGGAGUCCAAAAUGAAGGGAUUAACUGAUGCUACCCUUCUUGAUGAUCCUAGCUUUUAUCGCAAAAUUGUUGGUGCAUUACAAUAUUUGACACUAACAAGGCCUGAUAUCUCUUUUAGUGUUAAUUUUGUUUCACAGUUUAUGCAAGCUCCAACACAAUCCCAUUUCAAGAUGGUUCAGCGCAUUCUCCGUUACAUCAAAGGCUCUCUACAUCUCGGCAUACAUCUUACUUCUAACACCACUUUUGACCUAUGUGCCUACUCUGAUGCAGAUUGGGCUGGUUGUCCAACAACAAGAUGCCCUACUACAGGCUACUGCACCUAUUUGGGUGAUAACCUCAUCUCUUGGUGUGCAAAGAAACAACAAACAGUGUCGCGCUCUAGCACUGAAGCCAAGUACCAUGCUAUGGCUCAUGCAACUGCUGAGCUUAUAUGGCUGACCUUUCUUCUUCGUGAUCUCCAUGUUCCACUCUCUCGUCCUCUAACCCUCUUGUGUGAUAAUAUCAGUGCACUCCGCUUGACUGUCAAUCCAGUCUUCCAUGCUCGAAGUAAACACAUUGAGUUGGACUAUCAUUUUGUGCGUGAACGAGUUGCUCUUGGUUAG